GUUUUCUCCGAAUGGCCCGUGUUUUCAGUUUCUAGUGGUGCGGAAGAGCGAAACGGUGUUCAACUGAAAGCGAAAAAUAAACCGUCGCUCAAAUGGGUGAAGGCCGGAUUUACGUUCGUGUUACAGGAAAGAAAGUUCCAAGGAAAGAAUUAGAAAUAUAUUUUCAGUCUCGUAAACAGUCUGGUGGAGGAGACAUCAGUUCGAUUAAGCAAAUCAACGAUGAAGAGUACAUUAUCACUUUUGAAGACCAGGAAAGUAAGCUUUUAACAUAUGUUAUCUAUUGCCUUUAACUUGUUGUUUUAUAGCAGUAAGAUUCAUAUCCUUGCCAGCUAUUGGCGGCUACUAUUGAUAAUUCGUUGGAAACUUGUCAAGGAUUAAAACUGAUAAUAUGCAAAUUCAAGUUAUUCGGUGUCAUUUAUUUCGUUUGCUUCCGGUUUCACUUUCGACGUUUGUUAUACCUGCACUGAACAAAUAUGCAUAAUGUUCUCUUAAUAAUUGAGCCUUUAAAAACAUUUGUUUCAUAAUUUGAGAAGUAGGCCACGGUACACUAGUUUAGUCUUAAAAGGGUCAUUAUAACCACAGUUCGAGUAGCCAGACUAUUGACCACAAUUCAUUCGACGAUUUCUGCCAUCAUCCAUUCUUGCAUGAUGAGGCCACAAAAAUUCAUCAGAUUUCCGUCCAUUAUGACAGUGAAAUUAAGUUUUCUAUGUCUAAUUUCACUCAACAGUGCGACCUUGAAUUUGUUGUCAAUUUCUGUCAUUUGAGCGUCAUUUUAUUUCUGUCGUCUGAGCGUAUAAAUUAGAUUUGUACUUUUGUUGUUGGGUCCAAAAGAAAAGAUUGCGUGACGCCUCGUGCUAGCAUGGAGACGGGUAGAUCAUCAAACGGUGCUUUCUUCGUCUCAAGUCCCUCUUGUUUGUCUCCUUUUCAAGGAGCCUAGAAGGGGACUUACAAAUAUCCCAUUUUCCCCAAAGUUGUCAAACACAAAAAAAUAAUAACAUAAAAAUGCGCCCUCAUUAUGUAUCAUUUAUUGUCGUUGGAACUAUUAAAGACAUGAGCUGCAGACACUGUCUUCUCGUUUCGUCAAAGAUUCUAGAAUGUACCUGGGCUCGUCUCCCGCCGUGAACGCAAUACGUGGGUUACGUUUAUUGUUGGUCUUCUGCUUAAUCCAAGGGGUAUGAAUUUUACCCUGGUACUAUACUACAAUUUUCCUCGCUUCUCAAAGACCAGCACUUCCAAAAGCCAAUUCAAUCUGAAAUGUUUAGCCUGGUGGGCUUCAUCAAAGCGCGAAACCGAAUAUCCUGAAAAACAUUCAUGCACCUAAAUCGAAGGAUGUAACAUUUUGAUCUUGUUGUUGUUAUUGUUUUGUUUCGGAAGUUGCUAGUAACGUAACACGAGGGACUCAUACCAUAAUCGGAGUGCAAGUUGAGGUGUCCCGUCAUCCGUUCAUUGGGGAGCAGGACUUGCCAUCAAAUCAGGUCAGUUAGUGACACACAAUUGUUUGUUUUAAGUAGAGAAUCUAAAGAAUGGCUCGGAAUGAAAAGUAUUUGCAAAAUUGAAAGGUCGAAAAGCGGGUUGGUUCGCCCCUGUGUUCUCUUUUCCAAAAUAAACUUUCACUGUGAUGCGGCGGUAACAAUCAGUUUGUUUGAUUAGAAAGAAGAACAAAGCGUCCAGGUGGGAUGAAUGAUUAGCCCUGGUAACUGAAGUGAACUUUAGUUUUCUAACGCGUCGAAAUCCCCGGGGUACUCAAAGAAUCUAAAGUUGAGCCGGGGGAGUGCCGCUGGGAUCCUGGAAGUCUUAACCUAUACCAGAAUUAUGCUCAACUGCAAUUUUUAAUUCUUGUACUAUCCCAUGCAGUCUAACUAUAUAUCAGAAACUCCAACUUUUACGCCACGGAUUGAUUUCUUCCCCAGGGUACCACUUACUAGACAGAAUUCCUAUGAUUUCUAUGCCCUUGAUGACUGAAAACCAUAUGCUUCUUCUCCCCUGUGUAUAGUGAAGGGUUUGAUAUUUAGAAUCAUUUUUGUGUGUUUUUUGUUUUUGUUGUUGUUGUCAGGCGCCUCGCAUUGACGUGAUAUAUAUUUACAUAUACAACAAAGUUUAAGGAGUAUUUUUUUGAUUACAUUUCUUGUUUACUCGCUUUCGCUUUCAGUCCCGUGUUGUGUUCAUCCGCGGACUUUCCAAAAACACAACUGAAGAUGCUCUUUUGAACUAUUUUGAGAACACCAGGCGAUCAGGUGGCGGGCCAGUAGAGGAAGUGAAAAUCUCAGAAAAUACAGCGCAAGUCAAGUUUGAGUCAUCAGAAGGUAAUUUCUUAAAUGGUGUGGGAAUAUGUGUUCUUUUAAAAGUUUGAACUUUAAAAAGUUUCAAAGUGAAUCUAAACCACCUUCUUCGUCCCCUCUGCUUAUUUAGCCAAGCACAAUUUAUCGUAAGGCAAAAUUUUUAUUGGAAGUACUUUAAAUUUGCAUCUAUUGUAGCUAACAUAGUUAGUCCAAAUUCAGUUUAUGCGCUGAGAGUUUUAGAAAUGUUUAUUUAUAAUGAGUAAGAAAAACGAAAACGAUCACAUUUGAGAACUAGUGGUACGUAAAAUGGCAGGUAACAAUAAUUUUCUUGUCUCUACAGUAGCUACAAAUGUAACACUCAGAACACACACCAUUAACGGAACCCAAGUUCAGGUUUCAAGCCAUCCCAAUGAGGACAAACGGAACUUGCCAUCAAGUCAGGUCAGAAUCCACUGAAGACGAAUUUUGAAUAUGUGCUUAUACUAAAGAUUUGAUGCACAAGUUGCAUUUGGGGGUUUAAGUGACUAUACAAAGUGAAAACUCCGUUUGUACGUGAUUGUAGUGCAUUUCCUUACUCGUUUCGUCUUAAGGAAGCUACCUGGAUAUUUUAGAAAUUGAAUCGUCUAACCUAUAACUGUUGGAUAGUUGGCCUAACCAUUGGGGAAGGUCCUUUGAACUACCAAUGAUUUAGGUUGACUUACAGUUUACCUAUAUGCUUUUACCUGCAGUAAAUUAACUACGGAUUUGAUUAUUAAUUCUGGCGUCAGUGAGGUAGUUACCUUUGCUCUAUGGCCUUAGAUUUACUUUUGAUGAGAGGUAUUUCAGUGAUUAAUUUUAUUUACUAGGCGGUGUAAUCUUGUAGGGGACUUGUUUUUCCACCUUGUAUGUAUACUUGUUGUGUAUACUUGAUCUGCGAAUAAACAAACUAUACUGUUUUUUUGUUCACUGCGACUCACAUUUCUUUGCAGUCCAGUGUUGUGAUAGUCCGUGGGAUCUCCACAAAUACAACCGAAGAUUCUCUGUUGAACUAUUUUGAGAACACCAGACGUUCGGAUGGUGGUCAAGUAGAAGAGGUGAAAAUUACUGAAAAUACAGCACGGGUCAAGUUUGAGUCAUCAGAAGGUAUUUUUUCUUUUCCUUACGUAACUAAGCAAAAAAAAAGAUGACGUACCAUUUAAGCGUCCUAGUGACAACGAAGUUUCCCAGUUUUCCGUGUUUUUCCCUUGUUCUUCCACCAAACAAAAAGGCAGCGCAUUGAUAUCUUUGAUUGAAGAAAAGAGAAUUGGAGCUCUAGUUGACUUAAUUUGGCAAAUUACGGGACUAACGCAAUUUUAGGUCCCAUCAGUGGGCCCUGUUUUAAAGCUUAUUGCUGAAACGAAGGAAACGCCGGCUUUGCAAUAGACCAAUUUCGAUGUAUUAAAAUUACUACAUGUGGCUGCAAGGCUUGAGGGAAUAAAACGAAAGAAUUGUCUUAUUCAUGAUCACCCCCUAGCCUCAAGUUGAUUUCUUUUGUUUCAUUUCCCAAGCCUUGGAAACAAAUUUAAUUUUUAUAUAUCGAAAUUGUUUUUUUGUAUUGGAGCGCAAAAGGUGACACAAGUUAUAAUGUAACUUUAAAAAACGUAUUCUAUUAUAAGGAGCUGUUGUAAGUUCCCGUGUCUGUGUCUCCUAUUAUAGUGGCAAACCGGGUUAUCCAACGUGAAAAACACGUUUUAAAUGGUGCUACACUUGAUGUCAGUAUAGAGAUGCCUGAUAAUUGCAAGACCAUCAUGGUGACAGGCCUGUCAUCAAUAACCACUAAAGACUCACUUUGGAAUUACUUCGAAAACACGCGACGAUCGGGAGGUGGAUACGUAGAAAGUGUGGAAAUCCAACGUGAUAAUGGCUUAGCGUUCGUAACAUUUGAAGACGCCAGUGGUAAGCGGCCGAAAGAUUGUGUAAAGUAGCAUUGUCAUGCUAGCUACUUGCUAUCUUUUUGAAAAUCUAAACCUUUCUUUGCAUCAACUAAUCCGAAAAAUUAUAUAGUGGUCUUGCAUUGUCAUUUAAAUGACUAUAUUUAGGAAUAGACCUUUUUACUGAUAUGGCGGCCAUAUUGAAUUAAUUCUAUUUAAGGAGUAUUAUAGGAUGCCCAGGGGGCAUGGGCACAUUUCGUUUGUAUUUUCGAGCGCUUUUCGGGACAUUUUUUCUUAAAGUUUUCUUAGAAUGAGAUUUUAAUGAGAAAAAAGAUUCUUGUGCCGUGUUUUGAUUUAAUAAUGAUCGCCUUUUUCCCGACAAAUAUACAGUGAAAGACCAAAUUUCUAAUACUAAACUACAAAAAGGCGAUCAUUAUUACAUCCAAACACGGCACAAGGAUCUUUUUUCCCAUUACAAUGUUAUUGUAAGAAUACCUGGGCAUCCUAUAAUACUCCUGAAAUCGAAUUAAUUCAAUAUGGCCGCCGUAUCGGUAAAAAGGUCUAUUGAAACUGUUUUUGGUCGUAUUUUUCACCGAUGACACGGAUGGACAUGGAUUGAAACUUGAAAAAGCUUGCCUAGCUUUUUCAAGUUUCAAUCCAUGUCCAUCCGUGUCAUCGGUGCAAAAGAAGACCGAAAAGACUUAAUGCUAUGGCUGCAGAAAUCACCAAAAAUGUUGUAAUGGUUAACGCUCCCUGAUGAAAUUUGUUUGAUAUAUUCUUCAUAUCCCUAACAGAGCAUUUUGGGUAUAUGUAAAGGCACUUUAGUACAUUAUUAACCCAGCACAGCAAUAUCCUUGUGACAUAGCCCCUUCAAGACCCUGAAAAGAUUAGAGACGGCGUUCGGUUAUUGUAACUACGCUUCUAUUCAGAGAAACAAAGUAAACGUAUGGAUCAAUAUGUAUUAGACAACAUCUGGUGGCAGUAGAAUCUGUCGCUAUCAGUAUGAAGCCACACAACUGAUUGACUGAAUAAUUGGUUGGCUGAUUGAUUAAUUAGCUUAUUAAAUCAUGAGAGCGAGAUCCACUUCUGUUACAAUAUAUCUUUAAUAAUAAUCUAUAGUUUUAACUGGUUUAUUCAAGUUAUCAAAGAGCUAUUAACAUACUAAACAACGUCCAUUAUGGCUCCACGUCUCCUUUGCUCCCAAUUCAACCAGUCCUUAACAAUUAACAACGUUGCGGCAUUUACACGUGCCUGACACAAAAAUCCUCAAAUACGCGUAAUACAACGACGCCCAGGAGUACGCUUCGAUAGCGUCUUGUUUAAUAAGGAAUUUCUCUGUUUCGUCUCAGGCGCCGUUGUUUCAGCGACUUGCGCUUUGCCAUACUGACAGAGCAAAAAUCUGAAUUUUUCUUCCCGGGUAGAAUUAAAGUUUGGUGAAAACCUACACCAUAAUAAAAUCGAGAAGAUUGAUCUUUAUGUAGCCGAAGUACCAGAAAACCAGAAAAGGUCCAUGGUUACUUUGACGGGAUUUCGACAUUGAAAUUUGUCUUCACUUUCCUCCAUUUUAGUUGUUACCACGGUGUUACAGCGAGAACAGCAUUCCCUUGACGAAGCUUUGGUAACAGUGGCGUUAAGCCGUAACGCGACAGUUGGUAUACCUGAUGAGGAAAAAAUGGAGGAAUCGCGUACCAUUGAAGUGACCGGGCUUGCUUCAACAACAACCAAAGAUGCCAUUAUAAACUUCUUUGAAAACACUCGGCGUUCUGGUGGAGGGGAGAUCAGCGACGUGGAGAUUGUCACUGAAAAGGGAUGUGCUGUCUUGACGUUUAUUUUAGCUGAAAGUGAGUGGGAAUGGUAAAGUAAAAGACAAGAAGCCCCCUUACCCUGGAUCCUAUCUAGGUUAUUGCUUGUCUGUUUGUUCGUUGUUGUGUGUAAUACCCAUAACAGCUUACCAACAAAAGAGCCACCUAACCAAAAGCUUGUGUUCCCAGGCCCAUUCCCCAAAACACUAAAUUCUCUCGACCUUACCACUUACACCAAAAGUCAGAAAAAGAUUCAAUUUUAAUUCCUUUUUGUAUGAUCCUGCCGUUAUAAAUGCGUUCUGUCAACAAUGAAUGCUCCAUAGGUAGGUAGUUGUAGUAGUAACCCUUUUAUAUUAACUAGGACAAACAAAAACUCUGUUAAUUUGCCAAGCUUAGUUGGGCACAGAACUAAGCAACGGGGAUGGGUACGAACAAGCCUCGUAGGUCUCACACGUGAUGCCUUUCCCUAUCCACCCAUUCCCAUUGUAAGAAACAGCUUUUUAUGUAUGUAUUGUUUAAGAAACCGCUUCAUUUAGUAUAGACCACCGGAGCGUUGCUUUUUUCUCCCUUUCUCUCUACUUAUUCAAAAGGCGCCCAAGGAGUUCUGAAGAAAGGCGUUCUUACUCUUGACGGUGCAGAAUUGCACGUCACCAUAAAAAAACCGGCCAAAAAAAUACCUGUUGACCCUAAGAGGCUUCUCGUCAAAGGACUUAGUGAAGCAACCACCCGAGAUGCACUGGCUUCGUACAUGGAAGUAGUGAGUGGUCUGGAAGUAUUACAUGUGGAAUUUGGAGAGCAAGGCUGUGCACUUAUUACAUUUGCAGAAUCAUAUAGUAAGUUACGAUUGGUUUUCAUUAAUGCUUUGUUCUGUAAUAGUUGGAAUUGACGUCUGUUCCAACUUUUUCAUUUAUUAUCCGCAAGCCUUUUUUGUAAAGAAAAAAGGUGGCUGUGGAGAUUUUCGCAAACCAUUGCAAACUGUUUCUUUUUCCGAAGUAAAUAUUGCAACUGGGGUAUAGAAACUAAAUAUAGCCAUGGCUAGCACAACUUCAAUACUUAGUUCCUGCUAAAAAUAUUUUCACAACGCGUACGUGUGCCGAUUUAUAGUUUGUAAUGAACUAACUAAUACGAAAAGAUGAUAGUAAAUUAUUUCACAAUUUUCUCCAUUAGCAUUUACAUCUAAUCUAAUAAUGGUCAGAAUGAGAACAUAAUGAUUAGCUUAGUAAGGCAAAAAUCCUUGGCUUAGGCGUUUGAGAUGUGCAAGACUUCUAGAUUUGGUGUUCAAUAUUGAUUACAUUUUUCCUUCUCUCUAGCCUACGAAUCCAUUAAACAGAGAGCUGCAGAAAGAAAACUUGAAGAAAAAAUCCUGUCAAUGGAGCAAGUACCUGUUUGUCAUUGUGUGCUGGUGACGGGUAUGAACAAGGAGAACACAACAAGAGACGCCAUUUUCUACUACUUUGAUAAUCCCAAGAAUGGUGGCGGUGGUGUCAACAGUGUGGAUCUCAAUAUGACAGAAGGCUCGGCAUUGGUUUUCUUCGAAGAUCCCCAGGGUAGUGUGAUGUUCCUUUAACAAGCUAAGACAAAUUGAAUAAUGGUAGUCCCUCAGCUAAAACGAUUCUGCCCCCUAAUCUAGAGGACAGCCAGAGAAUUUAUUUAGGACUUCUUUGUUUAGGAAAAUAGCUAGUUAUUGAUUUGUUGCUCGCGGUUGACCAAAGUAUCAAGUUGUUACAUUUUUCCUUCUUUAACAGUUGUGAACAAAGUCAUAGCAAAAAGUCACAUUCUCAACGGAGCGCUGUUGGAACUAAGAAGACAUAAUCCAGUCCUUCCUAAAUCAGCGUCUGUCACUGAAGACCGUGUGCCAGAGAAAGAGAUACCUGUAGAUAUGCAAGUCAUGCAAUUCAUUUGUGAACGACAUGAAGCUGAUUUGGAGGACAUCCAACGUAAACAUGGCGUUAAAGUCAAGUGGGAAGAAGGAUCAAAAAGUAUCACUCUUGCACCUGUAGAUGGCAUAGCAAUGGACGCAGAUCGAUUCGAAAAAGCUUCCGAAGCUGUUACUUCUUUCCUAGCAGAGUUUCAGACUUACUCCGUACAAGUCACACCAGAUGCUUGGCAAACUAUUACCAAACAGUUCAAGGAUCUUGUGAGUUCCAUGAAGGAUGACGUAAAAAUUCAGUACCUGAAUCAGCAGUGCAAAAUCGUCCUAACAGGGAUACUGCAAAAUGCAGAGACUCUUUUUGAGAGAUUGGAGCAGCUGAAGACAGAAAUCGAGAGUACGUUAGCAGUGGAGGCAUCUAAAGUAUCGACAGUUGUAAAAGAAAUUCCUAAAGAACGUCUUAAGUUUUUAGCUGACCUAGACUUUGACAAAGAACUCGAAGUUCAUUACGAAAGUACAAAAGUGGACAUAAUUCUUGACAAAGGUCAAGUUUGCAUUUGGGGUCCUUCUACAGUUGUUCAUAAAGCAUCAGCUGAUAUUUGGGAAGCAGUUGCAAACAUGAAGGAGGUCAGCUGUGAAGUGUCUCAAAAUGCAGUAGAGGUACUAAGGAGGAGACCUUGCCAGUUGUUCAUACAACAACAAUUCACAGCCAAUAAUUUGCAAGCACUUGCAACUUUCCAUGGUGAUGAAGAAGAGGGUCCAUGCGCCUUGAGGGUAAUUGGUAUGAACUCUGAAGUUGCCCAGAAAGCGUCGCGUUUAGUGAAGACGACCAUCGUUGAAGAAAGCAUCGUCCUAGAUGACGGUCAAGUGCAGCUUGAAAAAAGUGAAAAAUGGCGCUCGUUUAGAGAUGAACUGACCGCAAAUUCCAUUUUAGGUAUCAAAUUUGACGAAAAAAGCAACAAAUUAUGCAUGACGGGUAGAAGGGAGGAUGUGACAACGGCACUGAGAAGCGUCAAGGGCUUUUUGAACGAGAACACCAUUGUUAGUGAGGUAUUGGAGCUUCCAAGAGGCAGCAGAAGGUUUCUCUCAAAGUACCGAGAAUACGAGCUUCGGAUUAACCAGGAGGAGUUGAACAAAUACUGUACAGUUAUAAAGGGGAUUGCUGAGGACGAGGAAGUUGUCGUCACCGGAACAAACGAAGGAGUUAAAAAGGCCAUGGAGAAUGUUUACAAUCUAGCCUCACAAGUCGAAAGCCAAAAGGUUCCUAUCGACAAACCAGGGAUGCGGAGAGUGCUUAAUCGAAACAAUGGGAGGAAAAUGCUGAACCUUCUUGAAAAUGAAAAUAAUUGCGUAAUCGAGUUCUUUGAAGGGGAGAAAGAUGCUUCCUCGAAGGACGUUAUGGAAGAAGAAAAAGGUGACGAGAGAAUCGAGAAAGAGAGCGAGUGUACUUUCCUGACUCCACAAGGUAAAAUGAUCAAGGUUUUCAAAGACAACAUAUGUGAUCGGAACGUAGACGUCAUCGUUAAUGCAGCCAAUACGAAACUCCAGCACUUGAGUGGUGUUUCUAAAGCCAUUCUUGAUGCUGGUGGAGAAGCUAUCCAGCAUGAGUGCGAUGAUUUUAUCAUCCAACAAGGAUCUGUUUUGGAGGGGCAAGUUGUCGUUACUUCUGCUGGAAAGAUGCCUUUCAAGAAAGUAGUUCAUGCGGUGGGCCCAUCAUGGAGGAAAGAGGCCACGCGAGAAAAGGCGAUUGGUAAAACGCCAAGGGAAGAGAAAUACCUGAGCUAUGCAGUGUCCAAUGCCUUAGAUGCCGCAAGACACUUUAAAUCAAUAGCGUUACCUGCCAUAAGUACAGGGGCCUUUGAAUUCCCACACGACUUGUGUGCUAAGAUUAUGGUUGAUGCAACAGUACAGUUUUGUGAAGAAAAUCCAAACUGCUAUUUGUCUGAGAUCCAGUUCACAAGCACCGACGAUGCAGUAGUCACAGCAUUUGUUACUGAGAUGGCUUCCAAAUUUGGACACGAUCCUAGUUUUUCGCGUGGUUCCUCCAUAGGAAAAAUUACAUCAAAGAAAGCUGCCAACAGAGAAGCUAAAGGUCGAAAAACAGUUCAUAUAGCACCAUCAGCAUCGGAUGCUACAGAUAGGCUGAAUGAAGUGACUACUCCAGAGGGUAUUAAAGUGGCUCUUGUGGUUGGGAAUAUGGCCCAUGAACAGGCAAGUUACACUUAGUUACACUUAGUUUUUUUUUUUCAAUGAGUGUGCAGUACUUGGUUGUUGCUGGGAACUAGUUUUGGCUCUGGUCUUUGGUUUAACAUGCAGGUAUAUUCCAGACAAGCAGAAUUAUGUAAUGUUAAAUCAAAGACAAUGAACGGCAACAGCCUAGUGAAAGAGAGCAUACCCGUCCUCCUUUGCUUUGGCUGUAUUAACUGAAAGUCGACGUAACAACCUGUCCCUUGACUCUUUUACCUUUGAAAGGAUUUUGAAGUCUGAUAAAGCCCGGGUCUUACUGAAAGUGCUGUCCUUCUUUAUAGCUUAUGUUCACUCCACAGGUUGACGCGAUCGUGAACUCCACGUCAACAGACCUGGACCUUAGUAGAAACCCUAGUGCUGUAGCUUUGAGUACCGCUGCCGGCCCCACUCUACAACAGGAAUGUAAAGCUAUCGGUGAAGUUCAGACUGGUGGCAUUGUUGUUACCACUGGAGGGAACCUAAAGUGCAAGCAUGUUUUUCACAGUUCCUGUUCUGGUUGGGAAAAUGGAAAGGGUGAACAGGUACCUUAUGAAACUAAGGCAUAGAAUACCCCAUUUGGCUUAAAUCUACUCUCCCAUUAAGGAAGUUCUUAGAGGGGCUGAAUUUCUGAAAUCUUUAAAGGGUCGCAGUACGUUCAUACCCAAGCUCGUUCGCUGCAUUAUGCAAAUUGAGAGUGCCCUAAGAUUAACCUGAAAGCGGUACUUUUUUAAAUUUUUGGCUGUUAUUCACUUUUUCCUAUCCGUACUUGUCUUUGUUGCACCUUAAGUGUAUUUCUCUUGCGUUCUGUCAACUCUGUGAUCGUUUGUUAUAUUCAAGACCCUGAAACUCUAAUUCCAGACCAAUGCUCGACAAAGAUGACACAACCCUAUUUUUUGCAGGUUCUACGUGAUAUUUUAAAGAAAAGUCUUCAUGAAGCUCACAAGAGAAGCCUUACAAGUAUUGCCAUACCUGCUAUUGGCACCGGAAAUCUCAAGUUUCCUCAUGAUCGGGUGGCAACCGCGUCCUUCGAAGAAGUAUUGAAAUUCAGUAAAAAGAAUCUAAGUAGCACUGUGAAGGAGGUUCACUUGGUCGUUUAUGACAAAGAUUUCCCGACUGUACAAGCCUUCCAGACUGAGUUGCAAAGUCGCAAACGGAAACAACCCCAGCAAGCAGCGAAAAGUGGAAAGAAAAAACGUCGUGGGUUGCACGGGGGAACCGCGAAAACGGUAGAUUCUGGUGGUACAACUAGCGAUGUUGACUCUCUUGAUCUCUCUGUGGAAGAACUGGAUCCCUUUAGACCCGAAAUUGCCUUUGGUAGCGUUACGGUCCAAGCAGAGAUUGGUAACAUUACCAAAGAGGUAACUGACGCAAUCGUUACUUUGUCAAACACAAACUUAAAUAUUGCACUAAAUAGCGGCGUUGGAAAGGCCAUUGUCAGUGCUGGUGGACCAAGUAUUCAAACAGAAUGUUCAGCUCUGGGGGUUCAGACACCAGGUUCUGUCGCGGUUACUGGAGCUGGAAAACUGCAGACUCAAAACAUAUACCACAUGGUGCCAGAAAAGCUGAACAUGGCUUCCGUUAAAAGUUGUAUCACAAACUGCUUGAAAGUAGCCGAAUCGAACGGGUUGACUUCAAUAUCUUUCCCGGCUGUUGGAACUGGUAAUGUGGGAGUCGGUGUAAAAGAAGCAGCUCAAGAGAUGUUAGCAGCCAUUGCCAAAUUUGCUCAAGAACAGCCAGCUUCACUUCAUUUCAUUCGUAUCGUGAUUUUUCAAGAGAACAUGUUUCAGGACUUCCGUGCUGCGAUGAAGGCAUGCGUCGCCUCGUCCGGAGGUUGGACAGGCAUGUUCUCCAAGCUUUUUGGUUGGUUUAGAGCAAGCAAAGACGCCUCACCUAAUCCUUUAUACCCCUCCAUCAGGAAAAGUAGUAGCGAGAUGGCUGAAGCUUAUUUGGAAGUAUUUGCAAGAACCAAGCAAGACGUCACGAGAGCCGUUAAAGAAAUUCACAAAUAUCUGGCUGAUCAAGUCACUACCAAAGUUAUUGAAAAGGAUGCUAUUAGCAAGCUCUCUGAGGAACAGAAAGGGAAAAUAAUUAAUUUAAGAGGAAAACAUGGCACUGAUAUAAAUAUAGAAGAACCAAUUUGUCGUAUAUCUAUUCGAGGUUACGCAGAAGAUGUCUUAGAUGUUGCCACUACAAUUCACGACAUCUUAAACGAGAAAAUAGAGGAAGAGUAUUGCAGAGAUGUUGAAGGACUUGUUUGCAAGACCGUUCAGUGGUACUACUCCGAUGACGAUGAUGACGGAUGGGAACUCUAUGACCCUACAACUAAUUACAGAAUAGAAAGUGCCUAUGGGGAGGGCCAACAAUCUGUUAUUUUCGUAAUUGACGAUGCCAGAUGUGAGAUUGUGUUCAGGUUCAUGAAAGAGACCUGUCUAGAAGAUGGAGAAAAAAGAAAUGUCGUGAGAAAGGAAAUAGGGAAAGGUAAAGUAAACUAUGCAUGAAGUCCUCUUCUAAGAAAUAAUUUAAACGUAUUCAUUAUCCUCAUUUGAUGUGUUGCUCAGUACAUGGAAAAUGUGUCUAUGUUAAAUGUUUCUAUUACUUCUGGUAUUAUUAAACAGGCAUUCUGUUACCUAAUGAUUGGUGCGUACAGCCAAAGGACAGCUCAGGUAAAGAGAAAGAAGUUCACUUGGUCAAGCUUGAUCCUACUAGCAACCCGACCGAGUACAAUCGAGUAGCAGACGAAAUCCGAAAAACGGCUUCAAUUAACAUCACCAAGAUAGAAAGAGUGCAGAACCCUGGGCUCUACCGCGCGUACAUGGUGAAAAAGGAUCAAAUGGAACAGAAAAAUGGCGCCAAUGAAAAAUUCCUCUUUCAUGGUACUGCUCAAGGCAGCUGCUCCAGUAUCAACAAGUUUGGUUUUAACAGAAGCUAUUGUGGGAAAAACGGUAAGCGUAGGCGUCUUAUUAUUAUCAUCGUCAUUAUCACGAUCAUCAUUUUUAUUUUUAUCGUUAUGGUUAUCAUUAUUAUUAUCAUUUAUUAUAUAGACACGAGUGUUUUACUAGAAAAUAUACCACUCGUAAAAUUCAUAAAAGCUACAUCCGGGACCCGAGUGGUUUAUUUUCCAUAAUCUCACACGUGAGUUUAUCGAUGACGUGAUUUCGGUAAUUUCCCCUAUUAUUUUAUCGAUGUCUUUUUGUCUAUAUGAUAAAAAGAACAUUACACGGCGGCUCGAAGAUAUGAAUUUUAUUUUCUCGUGGCAAAAAAACAAUGUCAGCUGCACUAGCCGCUGACAACCUGUUCUCUUCCGAGAAAGUCUGCGGAAAGAUUUAUCAGAUUUUGGUCAAAAGAAAGACUUCCUCACCAGUGAAAAGCCAAAGAAAGUGGCUUCCUGAAGAUAUUUUUUCAAAUGUACAAACUGGGAAACUACCUACCAGCUACCUUUUCUAUGCACUACGGAAACGAAGUUAAAGGUUUUUCAAUUUAAAUUUCUACAUAGAAAAGUAGUUACAAACGACUUUCUUCUUAAGAUAGGCAAAAAGGAAACAGACUCCUGUUCUUUUUUCACUGGUUCCCCAGAGACACUUACGCAUCUUUUUUGGGAUUGUAGAUCAACUCAGACUUUCUGGAAUAAUAUUAAUCUUUCGCAGUGGAACUCCGAAAAUCGUGAUUUGACAAACUUGAACAUUACCCUUUUCUCACUAGCUCUUUGCCUCGGCUUCAUUGACAACAUAUCCAGUCUUCUCCUACACUACUUCCUCCUCAUUGCUAGACACUAUAUAUAUAGUCGCAAACUACGAAAUACCAUUCCUAUGGUACAAGUGUACACUCAGUUAGUCAUAAAAUCCAUGGAAAUUGAAAAACAGAUUGCCUUAAUUGCCUUGACAAUAAUAAGUUAGCCUCCUUUAGGAAGAAAAAAAGCAUGAGAACACGUUCAAAGACAGGGUGAGAAACAGAGAAGAGCAAAAAGCACAAAAGAAACAUUACGUUAAGGUGGACAGUUACAUUCUUUGUUUUCAAGAAUUAUGGCUUGCUGCUAUCAAUAACUCUUUGCGCGCUUGCUAUCCGGCAUUUUUGUAUUAAUUUCAUAGCUAGUCGGUUAUCCAAUAUAUAGAGCGGGGCUAAUAUCCUUUAAUUUUUGAAAUUUUUAAUUUGGAAGGUUACGCUUAGGGCGUUCCUUGAAAAUAGGGAAACUGUCCUUUUUAAGGUUAAAAAAAGUGGACACUAUAUCUAAGCCACUCAAAUAUCCGUUACGCACUAAAAAUCAACGGAGAAACCAAAAGCGCAUUUUUUGCUCCAGGUCUUUCCAAACUGAGCAGCACAUACUCCUCCUUCCAUUUUGCAACGAGAACACAACAAGUUCGAGAACAAUGUUGACAGGAAAUAAUCAGUUACUAUUCUGGGAAGGAAGUGUAAUACAAUUUAUGCUUACGUGAAUGAUUAAACUCAAUUUUUCAGCCACUAUGUAUGGGAAUGGAGUCUAUUUUGCCCGAGAUGCGUCCUACUCUACUCAAGCCAAAUACUCUCCACCUGAUGGAAACGGAAACCGCUACAUGUACCUUGCCCGUGUUCUAGUGGGCGAAUACGCGGCUGGACGUCAAGGGAUGAUUACUCCCCCAGCCAAGGGAAGCGACGCCACAGAUGCAUACGACAGUGUUGUAGAUGGUCCUGGAAAUCCAAAAAUUUUUGUUGUGUUUUAUGAUAGCCAGUGUUAUCCUGAUUAUCUUGUUACUUUUAAGUGAGCUCGAACGUUACUGGUGCGUAUACCUCGAAAUUUGUGUAAUGAGUUAAUUUUUAGUAUUUUAUUCUGGAGCAAUGUUGAAUGGCGUAGACGCAAAAUCCGCAUGUGAGAAACUACAUUCUAUGAAGUCUGCCAAAAAAAGGUUCUUGUAUUUUGGGUAGUUAUUGGCAAGUUAGCCCCAGUAGGUUUUUAAUUAAUGCGGUUCUUAUUUAUGAAGGAGGUGUGUUUAGGAUUAGGGUUAGAAAAAUACGUAAACGUGGGUUUGGUCCUGAAAUAUACAGUAUUUUAUUCACAACUCUACAUUUCAAGUCGUCUUUAUGAAAGGUCCAUUUAGGAAAGUUCAGUCUGUACUUUAUAUAAGCAUGUUUUUGUUGUAGGAAUUGCAGUAAUACUUUUAUUAACGUAAUCACAGUUUAUCACAUUAUUUUCUGAUAACACAAUUUGCAAAUCUCAAAGUCAAUCUCAAAUGUUUAUCCCCGGGGGGGGGGGGUACUUUAGGAAUUUCUGGGUGGGGAUGUGCUGCUGGGAUCCUGGAACCCUUAACCUAUACCAGAGCUAGUUCGGCUGAAUUUUGCUACCCUAUACUAGAGUAAAUUCCCCAAAUUCCCCUAUCCUAGAGUAGCUGUUUACCUUGUCUAGACAAAAUCUUCAACCAACAGAUCAGUUUCCUGAAAAAUGAUACCCUAUUCUAGACCCAAACGCUCUGAUUUAUACACCCUAUCCUAGAGUAAACUGCUUGAAAACCAUACCCUUCACAGCGGCACAUACCUAUAUAGCCCAUAUAUGGCAGUACCCCCCUCCCGGGUGUUUAUCACGAUGUAAUUGUAACCCGGAAACAAGAGAACGUCUGAAACUUACUACGCUUUUCAAAAACACGAGAACACUGAAUUUCAAAUGCCUCUGUUUUUUUUUCGCUGUAGUCAAUCAUAAUUACGAUCACAAGCAUCAAACCUUGAAACACAGAAACACACAAAAUGGAUCGAAAUCCACCAAUCAAAAAUCACAAACCAUGACCUUUUGAACUCAAUGAAGUAAACGUCUGUGACCUAAGAAGUCCGCUAAGAUCAUUGACGGUAGCGAGAAACGCAAAUGUUAGUUGGCUUUAGAACUUCUACAGCGUUCGCUUGUUUUUCGAAAAGUGCAGUAAUAAACUGAAAAUUUGUGUGAUAAUGUAUUUUCAGCCUUGUUCGCAGAAGGAUUUAUUACUGAUAAUGCGCAGUCAGUAAUGACCAUGUGAUAAAAACGAGUAGUUCUGGGGACGAGAAUGCCGAAAACUAGAAAUGGCGACCUAGAAUUAAAGAAGCUGCACUUCUCAAAUAGACCAUUUUACAGUUUUGGGCUUAGUACCUUAGCCUUCGAGACAGUGAAUGCGAGGCUGAGAGCUUGACCUUGUUUUGAUACAAACCUAUUUUGUUUUCUUAUUGAGAUUAUACUCGAAAAAUGCUAGUUAGCAUAAAUAAGAACAACAUGAUUUUACAUAACAAAUCAGGAAAGGUUGAAUUUUAUUAUACCCCACAAGCUCAUGUAGCUUUAAUACUCAUCGUUUUAAAAUAAAGGCUAUCUAUCUAUCUAUCUACAACUGUAAAGUGGGCUAUUCCGCGUCAGAUGACGACGAAGACGCGUAGAUUUUUGCAUUUGUUUUAUACGGAAUAUAUUUUUACCAAUCCCGCCAUCAUCAUAAAGCCGUAAUGUAGUCCCAGAAUCCAGGCGGUGUUUGCACUAGGAUUGCGAUGCAUUGUGGAUGUAGAAUUUUCAAGAUGGCGGCGAAGGUCGAGAAAUUUCCCAGGUUAUAUGCUUUAUAUUUCGAUAGACAUAGUUCUUUUCUGAGAAAUUUAUCAACAAUUACAUAAACUUAUACUUAUUUAGGCUUUUUCUGUGACGAAAAAAAAUCAACAUUCCUCAUUACAAUCUUAAACACGGAGCACGAAGAUUCGUCCUCCACAAGCAUGAAAUUUGAACCCGUUGUUUGGAGAGCUAUAAUUUCUACCAUAUUGCUCAUUGACGACAGAAACUAGUCUUAAGUUUUACAGAGAUCUACGGCAAGGUGUAAACGCUCCCCACUUUUUGACAUAGUUUUUUCGAAUUAAAACCGACAUGCUGUCAUAACAAAAUGUGGCCUCGCACAGACGUGACAUGUCACUGGCACUGUCACUCUUGUAAUCACAAGUUAAUUACAAAAUAGUUCAUCGGUUAUAUACAGAAGCAUGAAGCCUGUGGACGAUUGCACAUAACAAUUAAUGCCGGAUUUAUGAAUAAAUACAUGAAUGAAAA